UCCGCAAUAGCCCAUUAGUCCAUGCCCAUGCCCAUAAAUAAAAAAGUAAUGUAGACGCCCGAGAUUCCACAGGUUCCUCUUGGACGAAGAAGCGCCCGUUGCUCGCGAAGGCUGAAGAUCAGCGUCCGUCAAGGCUAUGGCUAGCUUAUACAGAGGUGCAUCUAGGAAAGAUAAACAGAGAUCUCGUCAUCAUGGAUUGACAACACAGAAGAAGCAGGAGAUAAAGGAGGCAUUUGAGUUAUUUGAUACUGAUGGCUCAGGUAUUGAAAUUAUUGCAAAACUAAAACUAAAAUUAUUUCAUGACAGGGCCUUGGGUUUUGAAAUGACAGAAGAGCAAAUCAAUCAAAUGAUUGCAGAUGUGGACAAGGAUGGCAGUGGGGCUAUUGAUUUUGAUGAAUUCGUGCAAAUGAUGACUGCCAAGAUGGGAGAAAGGGAUACUAAGGAGGAGCUUAUGAAGGCAUUCCGUGUCAUUGAUCAAGAUAACAAUGGAAAGAUAUCUGCGUCAGACAUUAAGCAUAUUGCAAAAGAACUGGGUGAGAACUUUACUGACAAUGAAAUUCAAGAGAUGAUUGACGAAGCAGAUCGAGAUCGUGAUGGAGAAGUGCACUUUGACGAUUUCAUGAGGAUGAUGAGGACAACUGGAUAUGGCUAUUAGAGUCCCAAUGCUAGAUGUGCUGUCAAUGUUUUAGAGUCAAAUCUGGGCGGAAACUUUGGUUUUGGUUUCUGCUAUACUGUAAUAUAAGUUCUCUAGAUUAUUAUUUAUUAUUAUUACUAUAAUGUGGUUGGAAUGACAUAAUUUUAUAGCCUUGACAAUAUUACUAUUUCAUUUUUAUUUUGAUUUGGUAGCGGGGUUGCUUUCUUUGCAAAAUAUACGGGAAAAAAUACAUGUUAAUAGGAUAUGCUACUUGGGUUUUCAUUUGUUUCAUGAACCAAAAUGAAGCUAUUUGUGCAUGUUAAUACCAUGUUAUCCUCGUACCA